AUUCAAGUGCUCUGAAAUGCUGUAGAUAAAACAUUACACAAAAGACGAAAACGACGAGAACGACGAGAAGCAAGUUACUUCAACAUUCAUAAGAUGCAUUCAAAAUUUAAAUUAUAUAGUAUCUUCAAUGGAAUAAUUCAUAUAAUACUUUUGCUAAACAUACUGAUGUACUUCAACAAUGGCUUGGCUCAAAUGCAAUCGACAGAGAAGGCAGAAAAGAACGCAAUCGAUAAACAUGCUGUUGAAGGAAGAAGAGUUUCCCUUCCUUGUCCUUUAUCAGCUCCGUCCAGAGAUAAGGUUUACAUGGUUCUUUGGUUCAAGAAUGAUGUUAAAAUUCCCAUGUACAGUUUCGAUGUUCGAGGUAAGCCUUUGCAACAAGCAAGACAUUGGUCAGCACCGGAAAUUUUCGGAUCUCGUGCCAAAUUUAAUGCUGAUACUGAUCCAGCAACUUUAGAUAUUGAAGAUAUUCGACGUCAUGAUGAAGGAAUUUAUCGAUGUCGCGUAGAUUUUCGCACAAGUCAAACACAAAGCUUUAGAUAUAAUCUGACCGUAAUAAUUUUACCUGAAUAUCCUGUGGUUUUGAACCGUCGGGGUCGUCCAUUAAAUGGAACGGUCUUAGGACCGAAGGAAGAAGGCGAUGACGUUUUACUGACGUGUCGAGUUGUCGGUGGUCGUCCUACGCCAAUGGUGCGUUGGCUUGUCAACGGUUUAAUUGUCGAUGAACAAGUAGAACAAUCGACUGGUGAUCUCAACGAGAAUCGUUUGAUGUGGCCUUCCGUUCAACGUUCUGACUUAAACUCGAUAUUUACGUGUCAAGCUAUAAACACGCAGCUUGUUGAGCCACGUGAAAGCAGUUUCGUGUUGGAUCUUCAUCUGAAGCCACUUCAAGUGAAAAUAUUAAAUCCAAUGACUCCAUUAGUGGCCGACAGACGUUACGAAGUAAGUUGUGAAAGUAGAGGCUCAAGACCAAACGCCAUCAUCACAUGGUACAAGGGAAAACGCCAGCUGAGGCGAACUAAAUUAAUUACACCACAAAUGUUGUCAUUACAGGAAGAAGUACUUACAAAUAUCACAAAAUCCGUUCUCAACUUCGUACCAACAACAGAAGAUGAUGGAAAAUCGAUAACAUGUCGCGCUGAAAAUCCUAAAAUUCCAGGCCAAUCAGCGCUCGAAACAACAUGGAAAAUUGAAGUUAUAUAUCCACCUUUAGUGACAUUAAGACUUGGAUCGACACUUAUUGUCGACGAUAUAAAAGAAAGUGACGAUAUCUAUUUUGAAUGUGACAUCAAAGCAAACCCACCAUGGAGGAAACUUUCAUGGUUGCAUGAUGGCAUCGUCAUAUCGCAUAAUGCAAGCGCUCGAAUCAUCAGAUCCAACCAAAGUCUCGUGCUUCAAAGAGUCAAUAAAAACUCUAGUGGAAAUUAUUCAUGCAGUGCCAUAAAUGCGGAAGGUGAAACGGUCAGCAAUCAAUUGCCUUUGCGUGUGAAAUAUGCACCCGUUUGCAUAACCGAUAAAAUUGUUAUUGUCGGUGCAUAUCGAAGUGAGAAUUUGAAUGUUGUGUGCGAAGUGCAUGCUGAUCCGCCUCCCAGAUCAUUCAAAUGGAAAUUUAAUAGUUCGGGCGAGUCUUUUGAAUUGCCAAAGGAACGACAUUUUAAGAACGGGUCACAAAGUAGCAUCCUACGUUACACACCAAUCAUGGAUCAGGAUUAUGGAACAUUGACCUGUAGCGGGCAAAAUGAAGUAGGCGAACAAUCGAUUCCUUGUAUUUUCCAAGUCAUCCUGGCAGGUUUACCAUCACCUGUCCGAAACUGUUCAAUUAACAAUCAAACCCAACACUCAUUGGACAUUCAAUGUCUACCUGGCUAUGAUGGCGGCUUACCGCAAAUAUUUUUGCUCGAAUUGAUUGCAGUCAGGAGUGGAAAAUUGAGAUUAAACCUGACUAAUGUUGAUGAGCCUUACUUCGUCAUCGAUGCGUUAGAAUCUUACACGUCAUAUGACACAUAUGGAGAUGAAUCAUUAAGAGCGGUAGUUUAUAGUGUCAAUCAAAAAGGACGAAGUGCCGCGACAACUGUAAGAGAAUUUGAUUUCGAUGAAAAUGGUGAAAAUCGAGCAGCUGUGAUGAACUCUGCAAUGGAUUUAUCGCCCAUUUUAUUAGGAAUAUUAUUUACACUCGUUUUACUUUGUCUCGUCAUUUUCAUUAAACUUUAUUGUUAUCGUUCAACAUCAUCGAAUAUCAAUAACUCACAUGAAAACACAAAACAUUCAAACAACAUUAAAAAUGAUGGAACAAAGUUUUCUGAAAAUCAAAAGAAAAAUACUCCACAACGAUGGCAGAACUGUGAUGGAAAAUCAAAGGAACUUCGAGCAACGACUGACUUAUUGGAAGAUGAGAAAGAUCCUGAUGUGAUACCACAUGGUAAAAAGACGGAAAAGUCUUUAAAUGUCAUUCCCACAACACAGCAUCAUUUCGCAUCUACGAGAGACGAUGCGGAGAACGAAUGGACAGAUGGGAACGUUAAUUCAUAUUAUAAUCAAUUUAUCAAUCAGAAUGCUCGACUCAAAGAGACGACCGUAGGUUUGUCAUCGUUAUCGACUGAAUCUUCGAUUGUUACGUCAACCCCAAAGUCGCAGUCAAUCAUUUCAAACAGCAAUGUUGAAUCAUCAGCAGCAACAGCAGCAGCAAAUUCAAAUCCAUUCCAACAAGUUUCGAGAACAGCCAACGGCGAAAUCCAAUCAAAUCAAACAGUUGAUUACGAUUUUAACAUCAACGCCAUAAAAACUCUUCUGAUGACCUCAAAAGUACCAGAAAGCUGCGUGUGAAUGUUUGUGAUGAUGAAAAAAGGUUUUCGUUGGUUAAAGUCAAUUACAGAUUUUUAUUUACUUUUAUUAUCACGACGAACGACUGAUACGCAAUAUUACUAACAGGUCGAAUGAAAUAUCAUCCAAUGAACUUCGAUUUUAAAACAUUCUCUCCAAAAAGAAGAUCAAUUUAAACGUAAGUGUUUUGCGGGAGGUGAAAAAGGUCAGAGGAAGAAAUCAUUGUAUCGACAAUAACUUUUCUCUUCCAUUUGAUUUCGGUGCUUUCUUUUCUGGCGCGAUGUCAUUUCGAAUUUUCUUUCUUUAUUGCCUCACCGUCGUCUCCAUUUCUCAUCCAAUUUCGAUUCUGAUUUAUUGAAGUGCUGAAGAAAAUAUAAAAAUAAAAAAAAGUGUACAGAAUUGAGAGAAAGGAGAAGAAAAAUGAAAACUUUUAUUCCUGUAUUUACCCAACCUUUGUAAAUAAACUUGUAAAUAUCUUCGGAUAGACUUUAAAAGUAAUUUAAAAGUAAAGAGAUUUCUGGUGGAAAGAAGUUAAAAACUUUUCUUUAAACUUCCGGUUAUGUUAAAAUUCAUCCUUUUCUGAAUAAAGUCGUGAAGUAGAAAUUGACUUUGCAACUUUUUUUCCAUCUUUCUUUCAUCUAUUUCUGUGACUUGAUCUUGCAUUUUUAAUGACAUCAGGUUUCAUCUGUAAAAUCUUUUUUAAUUAAAAUCUGUCAUUCUUCAUUAAAAAUAAACACUCAAAGAUUUUUUUAGAAUUGCGAAUUUUAAAAGGUCACUCAAAGAACUUUCACUUGUUACCGAGAUUUUAAUUUAUUUAUUUAAUAAAAAUCCUUCAUCGUGAACUUCUUCCACCAGUUGAAUCUUGAGUUAAUUAGUGGAUAGAUAGAUAUUGUUUAUAAGACUUUAUGUAUGUUAAUAAGCAUCCGUAUAAGAAUAAAAAAAAGAUCAUGUCAGAAAGUUUUGUUUCGUUUCACUUGA